CCGCCCGCCCACGCGGGGCGCGCCGGCCGCAAGAUGGCGGCGAAGCUCGCCGCCCCACCCACUGCUCAUGCGCAGUCGGCUCCGCCCGCGGGAGCGGAAGUUGUGUGACCCCGGAAGUGGCCGUCCGGGCGGCGGGCGGCGGACGACGUUCGUCACUUGGUGCGGGAGGGAGCACGAGCGCGGUGGUCGAGCCCCCGGUUUCCCAGACCCAAGCUAGAGGUGAGCAUGGCAGAGCAGGAACCCACAGCAGAGCAGUUGGCCCAGAUCGCAGCAGAGAAUGAGGAGGAUGAACAUUCAGUCAACUACAAGCCCCCAGCCCAGAAGAGCAUCCAGGAGAUCCAGGAGCUAGACAAGGACGAUGAGAGCCUGCGCAAGUACAAGGAGGCCCUGCUGGGCCGUGUGGCCGUGUCUGCUGACCCCAACUGUCCCAACGUCAUCGUGACCCGUCUGACCCUUGUGUGCAGCACAGCCCCCGGCCCACUGGAGCUGGACUUGACAGGUGAUCUGGAAAGCUUCAAGAAGCAGUCCUUUGUGCUCAAGGAGGGUGUGGAGUACCGGAUAAAAAUCUCUUUCCGGGUUAACAGGGAGAUUGUGUCUGGCAUGAAGUAUAUUCAGCACACCUACCGGAAAGGCGUCAAGAUUGACAAGACCGACUACAUGGUGGGGAGCUACGGGCCUCGGGCAGAGGAGUAUGAGUUCCUGACCCCCAUGGAGGAGGCACCCAAGGGCAUGCUGGCUCGGGGCAGCUACAACAUCAAGUCCCGCUUCACAGAUGAUGACAAGACUGACCAUCUGUCCUGGGAGUGGAAUCUCACCAUCAAAAAGGAGUGGAAGGACUGAAGCCUGGCCAGGAGGCGGGCAGGGUAGACAGACGGAUGGACGGACAAACAUGACCCUCCCCAUUUCCAACCCUACCCCAAGCCAAAGCGCCGACAGGGCCCCUCCCCACCGUUGUUCCCCUUCAGUCCAUCUCGGGGAACUCUUCCACCUGUCCCCUGCUCUCCUGCCACAGGCCCCUAUGGUCUCUAGUGUCACGUUGCUGCUUCUGCCUGUGCCGUGUCGGGAUGGGGGGCUCCAGCCCGACCCUCCCCAAUCUCCAGAUUUCCUUUCCCCGUUCUCCCCCAGGCCCAGACUGGGCCCUGGUUUUCAGAAGGGUGUGGAGUUCUGUGGGGCUGCCAAGCCUCAUUUCCACCUCAGCUGAGCUGGGGUACACACUGCCGGGCCCUGGUCAGUCCACCCACUACCCUCACCCCCGCCCAGACCAUUUGUCACUGUCAGUCACCGUCUAACCAUGAUGCCUUAACAUGUGGAACGUGUGCUGGGGCCUUGCUAACCCUAACUCCCUCUCUGCAUGAGCAUGUAGUCUCCCCACCCCUGCCCUGUCUGUGACCCGCUGACCUGGGAAGGCCUGGGGUGUGCUGCUCUUGCUCCUGCCCAGCCUGCCAGGGCCUGGCCAGCCCUCUCCCUACUCCAGCCAGGGCUUUGGAAGGGCCAGAUUGCCAAAACUGAGUGCCCCAGCCCCAUCUGGGAGGCAGGUGUGCUCUGCCUUUUCUGCCACCCCAGGCAGUGCUCAUGUCCCCCUCCCCACAGAGAGCCCUUGGGGGACAAAGCCAGCUGCUGAGCCUUACUUGUCCCACCUGGGCCCAUGGCCCCAAAACCUUGUGCCUGGCCUGUCAGUAUUUAUUGCCUCCAUUCAUAUUGUCCUCUGGACCAGCUGGCCUGCUGGCUCUCAGUGCCACCAUCCCCAGGCAGGCCCUCCCUGGACCCAGCCAGGACAAACAUGGGACCAAGUGCGCACACAGUUGGGAGCUGAUUCCUGUGCCUCCCCUCCCCCUCCCUGGUCCCCAAGUGGUGUUUGUCAGGCCCAGGCCUUGACAGGCAGAGGAGCCUGUCCUUGCUUCUAUUCUGACCGGGAAAUAAACACCCCUGAAGGAG